UGUUUUUAGUUUUGUUUAGUGUACACUUACAUCUUUUGACGACGUGGUUGUUACACUGAUUUACGCUUCAAAGGGAUAAAUGAAUAAAUAUGCCCGCGCUUUAGUACAUUUGACAGUAGCACAUGCAAUAGGAGCGCUAUUCGCUUCCGGUAAUCUCCUAGAAUGUUGACGCACGCGCGCCAACGAGUACGUUGAUUUUGUGCGCUAGUAGUGAAGGAAGAGCAAAAUGGCGGAACUCGAAGACGUUACCUUGGAUGGAAAACCACUUAAUUCCCUUCGUGUGGCAGAUUUGAAACUGGCCCUGGAGAAAAGAGGGCUUCCAAAAAGCGGUCAGAAAAAUGCACUUAUCAAGCGACUUAAGGGGGCUCUCAUGUUGGAGAACCUGCAGAAGACAUCUACCCCUCACAUUGGGCUGCAGCCCAACUCUCAGAUUGGUGCGGAGAUGAGUCAGAACAGUUUCAUACAGCAGUAUCUGGCCAAGCAACAGGAGCUCCUUCGCCAGAGAUUAGAGAGAGAGGCCCAUGAUGCGGUUGACAAUGAAGCAGGUAUCGACAGCCCUGUGGGCGUCGAGGAAGAGGACAACUCUGAGGCCAAUGACAACACUUCCUACCGACCGGAGCAUAGUAUCCCCUCCCGCCCCUCACUAUUGGAAACCCACGAGGCAAGAGGCCCGGAGCGAGAUGGUCCUCCACGCGCGGUGGCAUCCCUGUCUGUCCGUGUGGUGGGAGAACCAGAACGCCAAGGUCCACCCAUGCACGUCCCCCAGAUCCAGGAGAGCCAAAGCGCAGCCAACGCUGAGGCUGGAUCCGCCCCCUUAUCAGUGCUACAGCAGCACAGUCGCUUCCCUCCAGCAGUCAGCCAGUCUGUCCAGGAGGACAGUGAUGACGACGACGACGACGACGAUGACGACGACAGUGAGGAAGAGGAGGAGUGGGGACCUUCUGCAGGGAAGAGGGGCGGUCACAAAGCUGCUGCUGCUGCUGCUGCGCCGGCGUAUCUGCCCACCCCUCAGAGGUCCCGGCGGAAGCUCCAGCCCCCCCAGCACAUUCCUCCUCAACCGGCGAUCCAGCCUCCCCUGCAGCUUCGCCAGCCCACCCCUCCGCCCUCCCCUCCGCUGGAGCUGUCCUUCCCCCUACCAGACACCCCCAAGCAGAGUCCACCUGACCUGAACCAAGCAGGCGUGGCUGCUGCCGCUGCGGAGGGUCCACCCGCCGGCCUCCAGAGGCAAGACUCCAGCUCCAGCUCUGGCUCCAGCAGCCCCGAGCCUCCUGCCAAAGUGGGCCGUGGACCCCUCAGCCUGCUGGUCCGCAAGAUGGAGUCGGAGGGGGCAUUUGAGGAGGAGUCUGCGUUAGCGCAGGCUGCGGGUCGGAGGGAGGGUGCACUCGCCCCUGGUCCGGGGAUAAUGAUGUUCCCUAGUGGUGCUCACAGCAGUGGGGCUAGGAUGGUGUCUCCGGGUGCCCUAGCUGCCUCCCUCCCCCAUGGGUCAGAGUCUGUACCCACCAUCACUGUCAGCUCAGGAGCCCCAACAAGAGGUGUCAUAACCACUCUGGCUGAGAAGGAGAAGGCUGAACCCUUGCCAGGUCCACUGGAAGAGGAGAGAAGGAAAAGGGAGAAGGAACAAGCAGCCAAGGGAGACAAAGACCGACCAGAAGACUUCCACGGACUGCAGACCUCCUCCACCAUCUCCCAGCCUCUCAGUGAUGCGUCUCCCACCAUCCCUCCUGGCACGGCUGCAUCUUUCUCUCCGCCCGGGGCCAAGAGACGCACCUUCUCUGAUGCCCCCCCACCCAAGUCUCUCUUAUCGCCCACCAAAUCUGAGCCCACGUGCUCAGACACGUCAGCCGUUCCCCCGCCAGCUGCCCGGGGCACCGUCCUCUUCUCCGGCCACCAGCCAGCUCCCCAACCAUCUGUCACCGAGAGCACAGCAGAUGUAGAGAUGCCCGAAGAGGCGGAGAGCCGACCGGCGUCUGAGGGCGCCGCCAAGGCAGCGUCUCUCCUACCUCCCUCACCCCCACCAGAUGACACCGAAGCUGAGAGGAAAAGCCGUGGGAAGGAGCGGGGCACCAAGCGUCCGUCUUCUGCUUCCAGCGACUCGGAAUCUUCCGACUCCGACUCUUCCUCCUCAGGAUCCUCCUCCUCCCGGGAUAAGUCCUCUUCUGUGAGCCAGAAAAAGGGAAAACAGGACCAGCGGAGAUCUGAUGGCAAAGGCGAUCGGAGUGGAUUCAUUAACAGGGAGGUGAAACAGUCUGCCCUCUCUGAGUCAGCAGAUCCCGCCGCCAUGGAGUUGGUGGAAGGGGUUCUUGAUCGACCGGGUGCACAGGGUCAGACAGAUACUCAGGCUGAGCCAGAAUCUAGUGAGGAGCCCUCAGACAAGAGCGCCACAGCAAAAGGACUUCCGACACGAAAGAUCUCUCUGAGUAGCAGUAAGACCUCUCCAGGCGAUGCAGAGGGUGGCUCGGCGGAGCCUGAAGCGCUGGCUGGGGGUAGGAAGAGACGAUGGGGCUCCAGCACGUCCGUCACGGCUAAGAAGCCAUCAAUCAGCCUCACCACUGACUCCCUCAAGUCCCUGAUCCCGGACAUCAAGACCUCCGAGGAAGCCGUGGUGGAGCUGCACCCAGAGGAUGGCUGUCUCUCUGGGGGGGAGGAGCGCAUCGAGCGCCCGGACAGAGAGGCUGACAGGGACUUAAAGAUCAGACGCACUGUAACACAGGUGGUUCCCCCUAAAGACCGGGAGAAUGGCCAAACAGAGCAAGAUGAAGAUGAGGAGGAAGACGACGAGGAAGUCCAGGAGAGCGAAAGGAAACGAUCCCGUCUAGACGAUAGGACAGAGAUUUCAUUAGAUGCCGGCGAGAAGCAGGGCUCUUUCCAUGACACGGAGGCCAAGAAAGUGACUCCCAGUGACUCUGUGACCCGGCGCUCCGUCAACCAGCAGAAGUCCGGUGUGUCCAUCACCAUCGACGACCCUGUCCAAGUCAGCAAACAGCCCUCACCUCCGCGUGGCAAGGUUUCCAAGAUCAUCCACGUCCGAAACCUGGUGCGACCAUUUACCCUGGGGCAGCUGAAGGAACUGCUGAGCCGCACCGGCGCUGUGGUGGAAGAGGGCUUCUGGAUCGACAAGAUAAAAUCCCACUGUUACGUCACUUACUCCAGUACAGAGGAGGCUGUGGCGACACGCACCGCCCUGCAUGGGAUGAAGUGGCCCCUCAGCAACCCCAAGGUGCUCAAUGUGGACUUCAGUGAGCAGGAGGAGUUGGACUUCCAAAAGGGUCUGAUCGGGGAUGGCACCGCUGAGGAUCGUGGGCAGCAGCAGCAGCAGCAGCAGCAGCAGCAGCAGGCUCCUGGAGCUGGGGCUGGAGCUCGUCCCUCAGGGCCGCCCCCCCUCAUGGCCAACCUGGAGCGGGGCCCGGCGGGCAGCGUGCGCGACCAGUGGGCCGAGCGCGAGCGGGAGAUGCAGCGGCGCGAGCGGACGCGGUCAGAACGCGAGUGGGACCGCGACAAGGUGCGCGAGUUCGGCAAGCCCGGAGAGGAGCGAGAGGGCAGGCGCUCGCGCUCCCGUGACCGAGAGCGCAAACGCAGAGAGAGGGGGAAGAGCCAGGAGAGGAAGACUGAGAGGAAAGGCGAGGAGAAGAAAGCAGUUGAGGAACCUCCUGCCAAGCUACUGGAUGAUCUGUUCCGCAAAACCAAAGCAGCACCCUGCAUAUACUGGCUUCCUCUCUCAGACGACCAGGCUGUGCAGAGGGAUCUACAGCGUGUAGAGCGCAAGAAGGAACGAGAGAGGAGGCAGAAGGAGAUGGAGGAGGAAGAGAAGAAGCAACAGGAGGAGAAGAAGGAGAAGGCCCAGGGCCGACACAAGGAGGGAGGAAGCGUAGCAGGAGGAGCAGCGGGAGGAGGAGCAGGAGCAGCAGGAGGAGGAGGAGCAGCAGGAGGAGGAGGAGGAGGAGCAGCAGCUACAGCCACAGCCCCUACUACAGCUGCCGGGCGGCCGGUAGAGCGGGAUCGCCAGCGAGAGAGGGAGAGGGAGCGGGAGAGAGAGAGGGAGCGAGAGCGGGAGAGAGAUCAAGAGCGAGACAAAGGCAGAGAUGGUGAGAGGAGACGAGAUUCUUACAGAAGCCGUGGAGCAGAUCCCAGGCCCUCUGGACCGGGUCGUCGAUCUCGCAGCCGCAGCAACCCCUCCAGAGACAGACGGCACUGAGCUCGCCGUGUGUGUGUGUGUGUGUCCGUGUGUGUGUGUGUGUAUGUGUGUGUACGUAUGUAUGUACAUGCGCACCUGCCUGUGUGUAUAAGGGUGGGGUAAACACUGAAACAAAUACUUACUGUAUCCCACUUCCCCAUAACCCUUCCUUCCUAACCUUCCAUCCCACAGGUACACACUGUUGCCACUCGCUAAUUCUUAGUAAACACUGUCACCUUACAUUGUUUAAGGUUUAUGUCUCUGACUCUCUCUCUCCCUCUCCCUCCCCCCCCCUACUGCUAAACCAGUCCUUCCUCAGGAACCGCCCUCCUCUCUCUCUCUCUCUCUCUCUCUCUCUCUCUCUCUCUCUCUCUCUCUCUCUCUCUCUCUCAAAUCUCUCCAACACACAGUUCUGCCAGUGAAGGGUCUUAGAAGGCCUCCCUUUUUUCUGAACCAUGUUGCUGUUUAAUUGUAAUUUUUUGGCUUGAUGCUGUGUGUAUGUACUGGCCGCUUGCUUUUUCUGCCCCCCUAUUACCCAUUACAAAGAGUACUGUGGUUGUGUGAUCAGACAUUAAAGGUGUGGAGGUCAGGGGUCAUGAAGGGAUUGUGGAGCCUCAAGGGAGUGACGCUUCAGUAAUGCACUCGUUUUCCAUCCCCGUCACUUUUCGUUUUUUUUUUUUUUUUGCUGUGUCCCAAAACAUCUUGGCUGAUCAGAAACGUACAUCUCUUAAAGACCACGUUCGACCUCCAUAGUCUUAAUUUCUCUCUGAUUUCCUCACUGCCCCUCUCGUUUCUCUCCUGUGAAACUAUGGAUGUGUGACUGCAAUUUUUGUCUUUGUAAAUCAGACAAGGGAUGAAUUUUAAAUCAGAAAUGAACCUUUAUAGAAAAGAUAAUUAAUACUUUAAUAAUAUGCUUAUUUUAAAGUUUUGCUUUUAGUUUGAGAAGUUGAAGAAUCGUAUUUGCUUUUUUGAUUUCUUUUCCUCCUGUAUGUGUUGGAUGUAUAGAGAAUAAAAGAGGAGGAUGAUGUUUUAGUUUUAACAGAAAA